CCAUUAUCAGCCUGCUGUCAGAGAACACACAUCCUCUUCACUUCCACUCAGCAGGGACUUCAACAUGUGAACCGCGGGGCUGAUGCCGAGCAGAUGAUGACAGACUCAAAGCAGCUGAUUUAGGGAUUAUUGAAACAUUUUUUUAUCAAACACCCUGCUGAUAUGAGACACAUGGAUUAUGGAUCUGAUAUGGAUAUGUUCCCAGAUCCUACUUUUUCUAAGUGUUUGUGUGAAUUCAUCACUGCCUGAUGGUGACGAUGCUUCUUGUGAUGGAGCGUUUGAUAUUUAUUUUGUUUUAGACAGGUCAGGCAGUGUGUUUGGACACUGGAAUGAGAUCUAUGGAUUUGUGGAGCAGCUCACCAACAGAUUUGUCAGUCCCAGGAUGAGGGUUUCCUACAUCGUCUUUUCAGCCAGAGCAGUCGUAAUACUGCCACUAACUGGAGACAGGUCUGAGAUAAACAAGGGUUUGGAGAAGCUGAGCCAAAUCAAACCAGCUGGUGAAACGUACAUGCACGAAGGCAUAAAAGCGGUGUCAGAGCAGAUGAAGACACAGACUUCUCCGUCCUCCAGCAUCAUCAUCAUUUUGACUGAUGGCAAGCUGGAGGUCUUCCCCUUUGAGAUGACUCUAGAGGAGGCCGACAGAGCCAGAGGGUUUGGAGCCAGAGUGUACUGCGUCGGGGUCAUGGACUUUGACCACAAACAGCUUGCUGAAAUAGCAGACGGUAAUGAACAAGUCUUCCCCGUGCUGUCCGGGUUUCAUGCCCUCAAAGACAUCGUCAACAAGAUCCUGAAGCAGACAUGUGCAGAUGUUUUCACAAUAGAGCCGUCAAGUGUUUGUGUGAAUGAGUCUUUCAGUGUGGUGCUGAGGGGCAGCGGCUUCAGCGGAUCCAGGAGGACAGACAACAUACUCUGCACCCUCACUGUCGAUCAAAAGACAUACGACCAGAAGCCACAAGUAGUGAGAGACGGCUAUCUGCUGUGUCCUGCUCCUGUUCUGCAUGAGGUCGGACAAUCAAUAGAAGUGCUGGUCAGCAUCAAUAAUGGACAAUCUUACAUCUCCAGUCCCAUCACCAUCUAUGCUACAACAUGUUCAGAUGGGACCUGGUUGCUGUGGCUGUUGCUGGCUCUGCUCCUGUUGCUGGCUCUGGUUUUAUUCUGGUGGUUCUGGCCUCUCUGCUGCACUGUGGUGAUCAGAGACCCACCACCUGAUCGCCCACCUCCGCCACUGCCUGUCAUUGAGCCAGAAGAAGUCAUGUCGCCCAAACACCGAUGGCCUACAGUAGAUGCUUCUUACUAUGGGGUCAGAGGCCCUGGAGGAAUCACACGCAUGGAGGUGCGUUGGGGGCAGAUGGGCUCCACAGAGGAAGGGUCCCGUCUAGAGAAAGCUAAAAACGCUGUGGUCACCAUGCCAGAGGGAGAGGAGGAGCCCAUCAUGUCCCGACCCCCACCAAGAGCUCCUCCAGUCCUCAUCCCCCCGCCACAGUCCAAAUGGUACACUCCCAUCAAGGGGUGUUUUGAUGCGCUGCGGGCAUUACUGAGGAGGCAGUACGACAGAGUGGCAAUCAUGAGGCCGACAUCCCAGGAUAAGGGCCGCUGCAUUAACUUCACCAGAGUUCAGAGUCACUGAUGUUCAAAGAAGACCGACACUUUUCACUUUAGUCCAGUUUGACCAAAGACGACCGACAGGUACUAAGAGAUGAAUGUUUGGAUUCAUCAUGUCUUGUAAAUAAAUGUCUUUACUAUAUAUAAUA